AUGUCUUCUGUUUCUUCGAGCAUCUCGGUUGUUGAGAUUCCCAGCAUUAAGCAGACUCUGGAGAAGAAGACGGUGUCAACCAAACGCCCAACAACGGACGCCCCUGGAAAGCGCAAGAGGGGAGGCUUUGUUGCAAGGAUGAUUCCCGAACAACUGCAAAUAUUCAAAGGUCUUGUAUUUUUAACCUUCUCUGCCACAGUCUUCUUUCCGAACAGCGAUGUUUCUCCCCUUCGCAGAUUGCGAAUCCAGAGAGCACAGGAAUAUGGCGCUCUAUGGGCAAAAACGUGGGGAAGUCAUGUUACACACAUCAUAGUUGAUAAAGGGUUGAGCUUCGAAGAAAUCCUAAAGCACUUGGAGCUAGAGACGAUUCCGUCCGAUGUUGCCGUAGUUGAUGAAGCGUACCCUGCCGAGUGCAUCAAAUUCCGAUGUAUUUUGAGGGCCGCGCAAGUACGUUUCCAAGUCAAAGGUGCGCCUUCGGCCGAGCUUCCAAGACUAGACACUUUGCAGCCCGAGAGUCAAUCUGUGCUCACUCAAUGGUCCCCGCCGUUAAAGCCAGAUGGAAGACAGCUAGGUCAGACUCAGAGGUCGUCCCAGCUUUCUGUACAAGAGGAUCCUUCACUAGAGCAGGCUCCGCAACUUGACAUUUAUUGUGAGGCGAGUGGGAAGAUAGUUCGUGGCAGUUCCCCUGUCCGCGAACAUGAUGCGCUGAAUGAUGUGAUAGAGGAAGCUAAAGCUACUGAACAUCUGCCCCUCGACCCCUUAGAUACCUCAGACGAUGACUCUGCUGCUGAGAAAUCUGGUUACGAAACCUCUGACGAGUCACAAUCCCCGCCAGCAAAAACGAAGAGUAGGAAACUAUCUGAUGGCCAAAAUGGAGUAGCUAGAUGCUGGCAGCAAAAGUUCGUUUGCAUGCAGAAGCACGACUCUACCUCGAGCGCCCAGAAUCCCAAUGCGAGGACGAUUGAAGUGCUACAGCAGAUGCUGGAUUACUAUACCCGGACCGCAGACCACUGGCGCACUUUGGCAUACCGAAAGGCAAUCAGUGCCCUUCGCAGUCAGUCAAAGAAGGUGCUCAGCCGCUCUGAAGCCAUCCGAAUUCCUGGAAUUGGGGAGCGUCUAGCGGACAAGAUUGAAGAGAUUGUCCUUACGAACCGACUUCGCCGCUUGGAUAAUACAAGCAAUACAGUCGAGGACCGCCUACUUCAGACAUACUUGGGUGUCUACGGGGCCGGAAUUACAGUGGCUUCUAGGUGGAUAGCUCAAGGCUAUAGAUCGCUGGAAGACCUACGCACAAAAGCCUCCCUAACACAGGCACAGCGCAUUGGUCUCGACCACUACUUUGACUUUUCCCAACAAAUACCGAGAACCGAAGUCCAGGCUCAUGGAAAUUUCGUCCGACGAGUCGUACGAAUGGAGAGCCCUGAUAUGCAAGUCAUCAUUGGCGGUUCCUACCGUCGUGGCGCGGCCACUUCCGGUGAUAUUGACUUGAUCAUCACAAGGCCUGAUGCCACGAUCGAGGAGAUUCGGACACUGAUGCUAGAUAAUGUCGUGCCAAAACUAUUUCAACAAGGGUUCCUUCAAGCAAGCUUGGCUGCUACAUGUCGGGGGGAAGGGUCAAAAUGGCAUGGCGCAUCCAAACUGCCAGAUGGUCAAUUGUGGCGGCGGAUCGAUCUGUUAUUCGUGCCUGGUGCAGAACUCGGUGCAGCCUUGAUAUACUUUACUGGUAACGAUAUCUUUAACCGCAGCAUAAGACUGCUUGCUAGCAAGAAGCUCAUGCGUCUCAACCAAAGAGGACUGUAUGCAGACGUGCCGCGUGCUUCUCAACGGACGAAGGUAAACCCCGGUCGACUUCUUGAAAGUCGAGAUGAGCGCCGUAUCUUCAAAAUCCUGGGAGUGCCCUGGCGACCACCAGAGCACCGAAAUUGCUAAAGUGUUUGAAUCAUAUGUAGUUAUAAUAUUAUUUCUAUCACUGC